AUGUAAUAAUAGAAUAAUACAUACUAUAACAUAAAUGAUCUUCUCAAUACUGAUUUAAGUAAUUUCAGUAAUCUUAACAUAUAAUUAGAGAACUGCUCGAUUCCUAACUAAGAAAUGAUUGUUAAGCUUAAAAGUUCUUUAGAAGAAUGCACAUAAAUUCAAACAUUAAUUUUGAAUCUGGAAUAAAAUGAGAUUGAAUGUGAUUAAAUAAGAUUAUUAACUGAUGAUUUACCUAUAUACAAGGAUCUCAAUACUCUUUAACUUCUAUUAAGCUAAAAUCAGAUUUCACAGUAAGGGGCAUCUAUUUUAGGGUCUUUUUUAAAGAAAUGCUAGCAAUUAAAAAAGCUUAAAAUUGAUAUAUCGGAAAACUAUAUUGGUUCUGAUGGUCUGUCUGAAUUAGCAAAUGGUAUUUAAACAACCUAAAGUAUUUAACAUCUAGAAUUCUAGAUUGGAAAUAAUUACAUUGAAGAUGACGGAGCUUUGGCUUUAAGUAAAGCUUUAACUUACUUAAGUGCUUAAUUAACUGAUUUAAUCAUUGAAUUAAAUGAAAACAAAAUCACUGAAGUAGGAGCAUAUAAAAUUAGUGAAGCUUUAAGUGUAUGUAAAGAUCUUAAAACAUUAGAACUAUAUUUAGACUCAAAUAGCAUAGGCGAUAGAGGAGCUUCAAGUAUAGCGACAGGCAUAAGUAAAUGCACUCAAUUAACAUUUUUAAAAUUGGAUUUAUCGCAAAGCGAAAUAGAAGAUGAAGGAACAUGCUAAUUAGGUGAAAAGUUAAGUAGUUUUUAAUAUUUAACAAAUGUGCAUAUUAGUUUAGAGAAUAAUAAAAUUCGUGAUAAAGGGAUAUCAAGUAUUGCUAUUGGUUUGAGCAACUGCAAAUAAAUUACUAAUUUAAGUCUUAGAUUAAAGAGGAAUAAAAUUGAUUAAGAAGGAGCAAAUGCUAUUGGAGUAGGAAUAAGUACCCUCUCCAAUCUCACACAUAUUUUACUAUAUUUGUGUGAAAAUAGAUUAGGUGAAAGAGGAGCUUCAAAUAUUGCAUCAGGUUUAAGUAAAUGCACUUAGAUUAAAGAAUUAUCACUUAGUUUAGCCUCAAAUAAAAUCAAAGAUCAAGGAGCAAAUGCUGUUGGUGAAGCUUUAAGUAAUUGCAAAAAUCUAAAUAAGCUAGAAUUAUGGCUGAAAAAAAAUGAAAUCAGUGAUGUAGGAACAAAUAGUAUCGCAGCAGGUUUGAAUAACUGCUAACAAAUAACAUCUUUAUUAAUAAGCUUAUUUAAAAAUAAAAUUAUAAAUGAAGGAGCUUGUGCCAUUGGUACAACAUUAAGUAAAUUAACCAAUAUUACAGAACUUAAAAUGUUCUUCGACCAAAAUAAGAUAGAUGAUGUAGGAAUUUCUGGUAUUGCUAAUGGUUUAAGUAACUGCUCUCAAAUUAAAACAUUAGACUUUAGCUUUUUCGGUAAUAAUUUGACUAGCUAAGGAUAUUCAUAAAUAGAUUAAUGUCUUUACAGCAUGAAAAAUUUAAUACUGCUACAAUGCGAUUUAAGUGAUGGAGAAAAAUUACUAAAAUCGAAGGAAAUACUAAACUGUAACAAUAUAAAAGUACUGAAUAUAAUUCUAACAAAAUGCUAAUCAGAGAGUGAAAUGAUGUAUCACAAAAUAAAAGCACUUAAGAUAAAAAGACUUGUUAAAUUAUAGUUAGAAAUCGACUGA